AUGGAUCGGCGUCUGUACGAGGAAAUAAAGAGAGGGUCAGCCACCUCGGCCGGAGCUGCUGUAACAACGUUCAAGGACCAAAUCGACAACGAUGCCCAACGGACGCCCAACAACAACACCGUCCUCCACGUCGCCGCCACGUUCGGCCGCGGCGAAACCGCGGCGAAAAUCCUCCAACUCUGCCCGUCACUUCUCACACGCGCCAACAGCAAAGGAGAGACGGCGCUUCACAUCGCGGCCAAAGGCGGGCACCUGCAGGCGGUCCAGGCCAUCCUGGAAUGCGCGAAAAGACUCGACCGAGAAAUGCGCGGCCGCAGCGGCGGCGGUGAGUCCGGAAUAUGCCUGGAGAAGGAGAUGCUGAGGAUGACUGAUAAUGUGGACGACACGGCGUUGCACAUGGCCGUGAGGAACCGUCACGUUGAAAUCGUCAACGUUUUGGUGGGAGAAGACUCUGAGUUCCCAUUCCCGCCGAAUCAAGCUGGGGAGACGUCGCUUUACCUCGCGGCCGAGAGCGGCCAUGAAUCGUCUUUGCAAAAAAUGCUGACCACUUGCACAUCGCCAGCUUAUAGCGGCCCAUUUGGUAGAAAUCCUUUGCAUGCUGCUGCAAUUUUUAACUAUCAAGGUUGUAUGAGAUUGCUAUUGAAUUGGAAGCAAGAUCUAGUGGAGGAAGAAGACGAAGAGGGAUGGAGUCCACUGCACCAUGCAGCGAAGAAGGGAAACGUGGAAGCCAUCAGGCAGAUUCUAGGGGUCAACAAAACGGCAGCUUAUCGACGCACAGGCAGACAAGAUAAUGGCGGGUGGACGACGGCGGUACACAUAGCAGCCAGCCAUGGUCAUUCCAAAGUACUGAAAGAGAUAUUUUCACACUGCCCAGAUUGUUGUGAGAUGGUGAACAGCAAGUCCCAGAAUUUCCUUCAUGUUACAAUACUAAACAACGAAUCUCGUUUGUUGAAGUCCGUGCUUGCACACCGUGAUUUGGAGCACCUGAUCGAUGAGAAAGAUCGCGAUGGCAACACCCCUCUCCAUCUGCUUGCCGCUUCCCGCUGCUAUCCAGCCAACCUCAUAGCUCAUCCAAGAGCUAAUAAGAGGGCAUAUAACAAUCAAAACUUGACCCCGCUCGACAUAGUAUACACCGAUAAAUACAGACUAGACCGGGCACCCUUCAUCGAUUAUCAUAUGAAGAAAGUUGGGUUUCUGGGGAAUCGUCAGGAGGUUAAAGAGAGACAAGAUAGCCCAGAAGUUCCAAAGAAAAUCAAAGAGCAGAAGCAGUUAGCAGAAACGCAUUUGAUAGUCGCGACACUGGUGGCAACAGUCACGUUCGCGGCUGGUUUCACUUUGCCAGGCGGCUACAACAGCAGUAGCCCCAACGCCGGAAUGGCAAUUCUGUCUCGAGAAAGAGCGUUCCAGGCGUUCGUCGUCACUAACACCAUAGCACUCAUGUGCUCCACUUCUGCGGUGUUUCUGUAUUUCUCUGCGUUUUAUCUGGAUACGUACCGGGAGAUUUUCGAUCAGUACGAUUUAGCGUCUGGGUUGGUGUUCGUGGCGUUGGGCUCCAUGAUUUUGGCAUUUGUUACGGGAGCCUAUGCUGUAUUGUCAAAUACCAUAGGACUUGCAAUUACUGUUUGUCUCAUUGGCUGCUCUGCUGCUCUCAUGUAUUUCUAUUGGAUGGUAAAAACCGCCAAGAAAUGGACAAAACAGAAGGAUGGGGACCCAUGUUAUUGA